AUGGCAUCAGAAUCCAAGAGAAAGAGGAAUAGAGUGCCGUUGAGUUGCACCAUUUGCCGAAAGCGCAAGGUCAAAUGUGACAAGACGCGGCCCCACUGUCAACAAUGCGUGAAGACAGGUGUGGCUCACCUGUGUCAUUACAUGGAGCAGACAUGGGCUGAAGAGGCAGAAAAAGAGCUUUCAAAGGAAAGUGAGCUUAAACAGCUGCGUGAGCGGGUGAAAUCGCUCGAGGAAUCGCUAUCCAAGAUCCAUAGCGCUAGCAACAACACACCCGACAGCAACGUGGCCCUGUCAGAUGAGCCUAAAUUAGUCCAACAGAAUAUACACGACAACGACGAGCUGGAUUUGACGCGGCAAUUUGACAUGCUGCAUUUGAAAAACAACGGGACCGUACAUUUGGGUGCGACCCAUUGGCUUGCUAUCAUGAAAGGCGACCCAUAUUUGAAAUUGUUAUGGGCUCAUAUCUUUACUUUACGCGAAAAACUCGCAGAAUGGUACAUGCACAAGAAAAAGGUGCCCCGUUCCGGCGUCGGAGUUGGGAAAUGUCCCGUCAUACAUGCGGGCUCUCGGCCCUCCAUCACUGCUCCAAAACCAGAGUCCGGGGACGGCAGACAUGGGAAAUGCCCUGUAGAUCACCAUGCCUUGAUGCAGGCACAGCAUGCGGGUUCCACAGAUCUAUCUUCCAGAACAAAUAUGAUGCAUAUGAUGCCAUCUGAUAAACGACCAUCAUUACCCUCUGUAGGCUGUCCGGUGCGUCACGAUUCUCCACUGGGACGUUCUUCACCAGUGCAAACCCAGCCUCUCCAAUGCCCAGUGGCUCAUGGUAACAAUCCGCAUGUUGAUUUGAACAAUACGAAACCGAACUCAGCAGUAACAUCGACAUGUCCUGCCUUACCUCCCAGAACAUCUCUACCCUCAUUUGGUACACUCACAUCUAGGUGUCCUGUGAUACAUGACAGUACACCACCGCCAGCAGCUUUACCAAAUAAUAAAAAUCAAACAGAGAAAUCCAUGUCCGAAGAACAAGCCAUAAAAAGAAUAUGCACGCUCCUUCCUCCAAAAAAAAUUAUAGCUUUGUUACUGGACAGGUUUUUCAAGUUCAUCUAUCCGGUCAUACCGAUUUUGGAUGAGCAAAGUUUCAAGAAUCAAAUUGGACAGAUGCUCCAAAAUAAGGACGAAACGCUGUUUAUUAAACUGACAAAACCUUCUGACUGCUGUCUGCUGGGUAUCAUGGUGAUAAUCAUAAGGUUGACAUGGCUUUCCCUUCCUCAAAAUGCUUGCGAUGUUGACUUAGGACCGCAGUCCGUCAGAUUUUUGAUCCCCCACGUAACUACGUCCACUAUGGCUCAGAGUAAGGAAGACCAAUUACUGCUGAACUUCGAGACUCCACCAGAAGCAGUUUAUCUUACUCGCAAGUUCCUAAUAAGAUUUGAUGAGAUCAGCAGUUUUUCGAACAGCAAUGUUAACCUUACUACCGUGCAGUUUGCUUUGUUUUAUAAGCUAUACCUGAUGUGCUGUCCAGACGGCCCACACGACUCUUCGAUCGGUUUGACCUCAUCAAGUCAGGACAGCGAAACGCACCAAAUGCUUCUGUCAAGCGUCGUUCAAAUGGCUUUCAGCUGUGGCCUCCAUAGAGAUCCUGACAACUUUCCACAAUUGACUGUCAACACUGACGGGAAACUAAACAAGGAGGCACAUGCAAACACCGAGAGAUUGAAGCACACUUGGCGAAAGACCUGGUAUUUCAUAGUAUCGCUUGAUGUUCAGCAAUCGCUUUCGUUGGGUGCUCCUCGCCUUUUAAGAAAUUUGAAGGACUUUAGUGAUACGAAGCUACCUUGCACCUCUAAAAUCGAUUACGUGCGAAACAUCAAAGAGCUUGUGGUGGUUAAAAACUUCACCUUAUUUUUCCAACUCGAUCUUUGCAUAAUAGCAGUAUUGAACCAUAUCUUGAAUGUUUCAAUGUCUAAAACUGUCAGAAAAUAUGAGCUGGAUUCCUUGAUAGAAAUUCUCAAGCAGCUUUGUUUUGGGGAUGGUAACGUCAAUGAAGUGUUAACUAAGUUAAUCAACAGCGGCCUUCUUUUCACUACAGAAGGUAGCGUGGACCAAGGUGGAGACGAAUUUUAUCCACUGCCAUCUCUUGAAAAAACACUGUCACCUCCACCUCCAAGUGAAAGUGAGAAGGACAAAAAGCUGAAUUUGCCACACGAAAUGGCAACAAGGGCCAUAUUUUUCUCGAAACACCUCACACUUCGCAUGCUGUUAUAUUUGUUGAACUACAUUUUGUUUACACACUACGAGCCGAAGGGAAAUGAAGAUCCAGGGACUAGACCACUUGCAAAAGAAUAUGCUCAAGAAGCUUUAAACUAUGCUAUGGACGGUUUCAGAAACUGUCAUUUGUUUUUUGCAAACUCCAAGGUAGCAGAAGGGGGAAAUACCUCGAUCUUCAACUACAUGGAAGUUGCCCUUGCCCCUCACUGUCUUGAUGUUGGCCAUAGAACUCUGCAAUUUAUGGUUUGUUUAAUUUUACGUGCCAAAUGUGGUCCAUUAACUGGCAUGGGUGACAGCCCAAUUAUUAGCAGCGCUGGUAAUAGCAGUAGUGAGGAAGAGCCGGAUAACAAAAAUCAGCAAGCUAACACGACCAAGAAAAAGACUGUUGAGGUUGCUGACAUCACCGAUGACAUUGAUCUCGAGAUUGGGGACGAAUUAGCUGAAAUUCUGAUGACGAGAAUGACACUUUUCCACAAGUUGACAAAGCAGGUCUCCGUCAAAUAUCAUUACGCGAAACGCAUGAUGAGGUCCACUGGCUUUUUCAUUGCUCUUUUAAGAAAUCCUGGUGGUAAAAACUCCAGCGAGAAUAAGAUUUCUGACAGCGUACAGAAAAGCCUGCCCAAGUUUCAACAUCCCAGCAUAUCAAGAAUGUCGGGCCUCUUCAAGAAUGUUCCAUCUCUCGUUCUAUCUGCCGAUGGAGAGCAACUUAAAAGAUGUCCGGUAUAUCAGGAUGCAAUCGGGUUUUUACCCUCUCGCCUUUCAGUCAACUUUCUCACAAAACCCCAAACACAGGAAAGCCCUGCCCAACUGCCGCCAAUUCGAACAUAUCAGCCAAUAACAUACACGAGCAACGACAUUCGUCGAACCUCUGAUGUUAGGGAUUCGGAUGUUAAACGUCGCAGAUUGGGUUCUUACUCUCCUGCACCUCUGGAUCCAAUCUCCGCUGAUUCCAGGUCACCAGAGCCACACGGUAAUUUCUCUCCAGUGCCAAUACCAUCAACCAAUCCAUCAGUGUUAAGCCAGCCUGAAAUGUUUGUUAGGAAUGAAGUGUUACCACCCUUCGAUAAACUUUCAAACACAUUAAGUCCGACUGGGUCAGCGCGUGCUGCUGAUACUUCAAGCGCCGUGCAUUUUGCACUUGACUCUCCCUCGAUUCUUUCAGAUGUUUCCUCAUCUGCAAAAUAUACACCCGACUUUGAGGACUUCUUAAUGCAAAACUCCAACUUUAACGGACUAAUCAUAAAUCCAACCAGCAUUGUGGAGGCCGUCGGGUUUGAUAAUUACAAUGAGCAGAUAAGCGAUACCAGCCCGGGAAUGCGGCCAGAUUUUCUCCCCAUCGAUAAUCCUGAAAUCGAUGGGCUAGCUGAUAUAGCGGGUAAUAACGGCGCGGAUUUUCUUUGGGAUUAA